GUGAGUUUAAAGCGUCCGGUAACGGAGAGGAAAACAGUCGGUCUCUGCAUGUGACUUUGUAUGCUUCCUAACUACAGUUAAUGUGAGCUGGAGGACAUGACCAAAGACAGCAUGCCACUGCAGGAUCUGCCCUUCAAAAACCUCCAGGGCUCCAUGUUGUCUCUGUCGACUAAGAGGGGCAACAAACGCAGGUCCAGAGGUCUCCGCAGCGAGGUUCUGGAGGCGGAAUGCACCCCCAUAGACCUCAUCCAACAGUGUUCCCCUCACACCAAACACCAGCGGCUCAUCAGCAAGGACAAGGAGAAUGAUGACACCCAGUUUGUCCUCGGUAGGCGAUCCAGGAGGAAAAGGGAAGCCAUCACGGGCCUUUCAUGGGACCACCUGCCAGAUGAGCUGAUCCUCAGGAUCCUCUGUUACCUCCCUUUGCAGGGCCUCCUCAGGGUGUCUGUAGUGUGCAAACGCUGGAAUCGCUUGGCGUUUGAUGAGUCUCUGUGGCACAGUGUGGAUCUGGAGGGCUUGACUCACAUGGGUCCUGCUCUGCAGCAGGUUCUGAAGACUGGAGUCCGCCGGCUCCGCUGUCCCCGUGCCUUUGUGGAGGAGCUACAUUUCAUAAGCAGUGGGCUGGUCCCAUUAGUUGAGAUGGAUCUGUCCAGCUCCAUUAUCCCCACUUCAGCCCUGGAGAGCAUCAUCUGCAGCUGCAGGCAGCUGGAGUACCUGAGCCUGGAGGGACUGCAGCUCUCAGACUCCAUCAUCCACUCUCUAGCCAAAAAUGUAAACCUGCUGCACCUCAAUCUGAGCGGCUGCUCCGGCUUCUCUGCCACUGCUCUGGCUGACAUGCUCGCAUUGUGCUGCAGGAUAGAGCAGCUGAACAUAUCAUGGUGCAGUUUCACCAGUAAUCAUGUGAAGAGUGUUGUGAAUAAUGUGAGCUCCAGUGUUUCACACCUCAACCUCAGUGGCUACAGAGAAAACCUGACACUAGACGAUGUAAAAGUGCUGGUGUCGAGAUGCCAACAAAUUCACACACUAGAUUUGAGUGACAGCACUCUGCUGAUGGCUGACAGUUUCCCCGUCUUGGCACAGCUUAAGUGUCUGGUGCAUUUGUCCUUGAGUCGCUGUUACCACAUAAACCUAGCAGCCCUGAGUGACUUGGGUGAAAACAUCCCCACGCUCAACCUGCUUGACGUGUUUGGCCUUGUGACUGACGGCCACCUGCCCUCCCUGAAGAAAGAAAUGCCUCGCAUCUCCAUUAACUCCAGGCCUUUCACGGCUGUUGCCCGGCCCACUCCCUCCAGCAGACUCAUCGGCAGCCUCAGCGACUGCACCAUGUGGAACAGGAAAUGUCGACUGAGGUUCAAACUGUAACUGAGCCAGAGUCAGUGUGACCGUGUGUCCGACCCCGCAGUAUUCCACAUGUACAGGAGGUGUAGCCCGUUGUGCAGUCGUGGAGCCAUG